UCGUCGCAAUAAAAGAGAGAGACCAGACCAAGUUUCACAACUUUCUCUCUUUUUCACUGUUUAGAAGAGUAAAAAUCCUUAAAAACUAGUCUUGUCUGGUCGUCUUUUUCCUUGAAAACUUUAUUUCUUUCUUUUACUUGCUCCCACUUACCACGAAGACUAAAGUCCAAAGACCAAUGUCCUAGUUUCAGAAGUUGCAUAUUUUGGUACUCGCACAUAGCUGCAGCAAACCACAACUGCCAAUUUCUUGUUGCUCCAGACCAAGCGUGGUUUUGUGCAGAGAGAAAUGAAUCCAGAAAUGAAUGGCGGUGAGCUGGAGAAUCAUGAAGAUAAAAUAGACUAUGUGUUUAAGGUGGUGGUGAUCGGUGAUUCUGCUGUGGGUAAGACUCAGUUGCUAUCAAGGUUCACUAAGAACGAGUUCUGCUUGGAUUCCAAGUCCACCAUUGGCGUUGAGUUCCAGACUAGGACCGUGACCAUCAAAGGCAAAGUCGUUAAGGCCCAGAUCUGGGAUACUGCUGGACAAGAAAGGUAUCGAGCAGUUACAAGCGCAUACUACAGAGGAGCAUUGGGAGCCAUGAUAGUGUAUGACAUCACCAAGAGACCAACCUUUGAUCAUGUCGCCAGGUGGGUGGAGGAACUACGAGCCCACGCUGACAAUUCUAUAGUGAUCACUUUGAUUGGAAACAAGGCUGAUCUGAUGGACCAAAGAGCGGUCUCAACAGAAGACGCAGUGGAGUUUGCGGAGGACCAAGGCCUAUUUUUCUUUGAGACAUCAGCUCUGAGCGGAGAAAAUGUGGAAAAAGCAUUUUUGAGGCUGCUUGAGGAAAUUUAUGGUGUGAUUUCUAAGAAGGCAUUAGAGGGUGGUGACAAAAAAUCCAACGGUGCUGAUGCUGCCGUGUUCAAAGGAUCUAAGAUUGAUAUCAUUUCUGGGUAUGAUUUAGAGAUUAGCGAGAUGAAAAAAUUAUCUGCCUGUUCUUGUUAGUUUCAACUUACUGCACUUCUCGUUGUAAUACUGAUUUUUCUGUGUUCACUUGGAUUUUAUUUGAAAAAUGGGUAUGGAAGGUUUUUUGUUUAUUUA